AUGUACGAAGUUACCAGGACUUGCAUCAACAUUAGAUACUAUUGCGAUACGUGUGCAAAAUCCUCCAUGAAACAAGCUAUGAAAAGAAUUGAAAAAAUGGAAGGAAACAACGAAGAAAUUAUUAAAAAAAUUGAAAAAAUAGAGGAAAAUAACGAUGAAAUUAUUAAAAAAAUUGAGAGUUUGCAUAAGAGCACCACUGCCGGCAUCGACACCAUUAAGUUGAUUAUAGCUGAAAAUGAAUCAAAACAGACCUUGUUGGAUAAUUCAGAGAAAAAACUUUGCACUGAAAUUAACAACCUCAAAAGCGAAUUGAAUAAAACAUUUGCAAGUGUUGCUGGUUCGGAGGUCAAAAAAAGUGUUGAUAGCAUCAACUUGGAGAUAAAGAAUGUCAGCAAAACUAUAAACAGUGUUGUUGAAUCAAAGGAGAGAGAAACAAACAUGAUUGUUUUCCGAUUGAAAGGGGGAGAUGCUGAAAAGACCAAAACGGAAGUAGAUUUUAAUAGGACAGAUAAUUUUGGGGGGAAGGGAAGUAAUAUUAAUGCUAAAUUGAAAGUUACAGAAGUUCAUCUUAGGAUAGCAUAUACAAAUGUUGACACAAUAAUGAACUAA